AUGAUCCAGGCGGGUGCCGGGGCAGCAGCCCUUGAACGGGGGGAGGAAGGGUCGCUGAUAGCUGGCACUGAGCCGCGGCGCAAAGGAUGGGUGGUACCGGCGUUGGCGGCGGCGGUUGGUGUCGCUCUGCUGCUGGCCUGUGGACUGUCUGCUCAUCAUGCUCGGGAGGAUGCUUCCGCUGCCGGCGCUGCCGCGACCCCCAUGCAAGCCUCCACGGACAGCGUCCCUUCCUGCAGCCUCCUGUCCUGCACGAGCUCGGGCUGCGACUGGGACGGGGCCCCUUUCCUCUGCCUGGACGGGGGCUCCGCUGGAGGGUGCGCAGACAGCGCCUCUACGUGGUCUGGAGGCGACGGCUGCACGUCCUUCUGCGACCUCUCCGGCUGCGCCGAUACCCUUGAGAACACCGGCGUGGACGACCUGCCGCGGCGCUGCCUAGAGUGCGACGAAACACAGUGCUCCAACCUGGCCGGGCACCCGUCGCAGGCGUGCGGCAGCACGGUGCCGUUCGUGUGUCUCUCCGGCGCAGCCACCUGGGGCUGCGCGGAUAACGAGCUGGCGUGGGCAAGCACACCUUCGACAACGUGUGGCGAGUGCUGCGAUGUCAGCGGCUGCUAAGUUAGUAAGGGGCGCGGUGGAAGGGGUCGCGGAUUGAUUUCGCUUCAAACGGAGGGCACCCCAUUCGCCCGUGGCUAGGUUUAGAGAUACAUGUUGUUUGUUUGGUGAAGUAAGGGGGGCUCAUAGGUGCUGGCAGAGAUGGCGAUCCGAAAGGGUUUUAUCGUGUUUUGUCGGCGACCAAUUUUGUCUUGAUGCCCCAGCAUUUCUAUUAUCAUGAUGGGCAGAAGUCAGUCAGUGGUGGGUAGGUUGGGCAUCGAUUGCACCCUGAGGGGGGAGGAGGUUG